AUGCAGCAACAGCAGCAGCAGCAGCAACAGCAGCAACAGCAACGCCCCGCACCGCCCGCGUACGUCCAGCACGAGCCCGAGUCCUUCCAGCUGCCCUCACCGCCCACACAUGCGCCCACCCGCGGCGCCAACGCCAGGCUGCCGGGCCUCAAGGCGCUGGACCUGCCCGAGGCCACCGCCGCCCGUCACUCCCCGCGCAGCUCCAUGGAGCGGAGCCCGCGAUCCCAGGCCGACGGUCCUGCCCUGCACAGCGCGGCCCUGCCCAAGCUGCCCGACGCCCACCCCGUCGACCUGGGCAGCCCCAUGGACACGGCGAGCGUCCUGAGCGCCCACGACGAGCCCGCCCCCCGCCGCGACACGAGCGUCAGCAUGGACGACCCUGACGUGCGCCUGGCCGCCGAGGCCCUGAGCGGACUGGGCAAUCCAGGUGCACUUUCUUCGAUCGCCCACCGCAUCCUCCGCCCCGGUGUCCGCCCCCAUGUCCGCCCCCAUGUCCGCCCCCAUGUCCGCCCCAUGUCCGCCCCCAUGUCCGCCCCCAUGUCCGCCUCCAUGGCCGCCCGCGAGCCCACGGCCGAGCCCCAGCAGCCCAUGCUCUCCCUCCUGACCUCCAACCACCCCUGGCUCGGCGGCACCAUCAGCGGCUCCCUGGCCGCCUACAACCUGACCAAGGACUACUCGCCGCGCUUCGUCAAGUACGGCGCCGAGCUCGUCGAGCGCAACGUCGGCUCGCCCAUGGUCAACACCGUCUCCUCGGUCGGACGCCGCACAGGCAUGGAGAAGAACCUGCGCCGCUACCUGGGCGAGCACCACCGCCGUCCGAGUGACCUCGAGCACGGCGACGCCGACGCAGACGCCCCGCGCAAGCGCCACCGAGCUGCCAGCCCUGCCGCCCAUGCCAUGGACCUCGACUUGCGCACGUGCUCUCGCGCACGCCGCGGCUCGCACUCGUCCUACGCCGAAUCCCUGCCUGCCUACGACGACCACCGCUCCCCCAGCUACGAGGAGAACGCUACCAUGACCGACGCCGAGCCCACGCCCACCGCCAAGGAGCCAGAGAGGCGCCAGGCGCACGCAGCCCACCACCCCCGCGUGCCCUGGUCGACCCAGCUCAUCAUGACCACUUCGGGUCUCGGCGUCGCUCUCUCCGCUGCCUCCCUGCGCUCCUUGAGGCAGUGUCUGCACCUCCUGCGCGCCGCCACAUCACACAUCGACAGCGUCAUGCGCGCGCUCAAACUCGUCCUCGACGAGUACGAGGCCGCCCUGCGCCAACGGCGCUCCACCGAUGCCGACCACACCCACGACCUCCACUCCCGCACAGGCGAAGACGAGGACGCCCAGGUGCGGAGGAUCGCAGAGAAGAUCAAGUCCCUCUCCAGCGACAUCUGGCAAACCCUCCAGGGCGUCGUGCACUCCGUCUCGCGCCACACCGGCGGCGCGCUGCCGCAAAACGCCUCUCAGGUCGUGCGAACCCAGCUGCUCUCCGUGCCGCAGCGCUGGCAGCUGGCAGGCCGACGCACCGCCGCCGCACCCACCGACGAAGAGGCGGGCGAGGGCGAGGCCGUCCGAGGCGCCAACCGCAUGCUGGCCUUUGCCAUGGAGGGGCUGGACAUGAUGGGCCAAAUCACCACCGUCGUCGACGGCACCGUCCAGUCCGCCGAGAGCUGGCUGGCCCGCAUCGGCCGCGCGCCCCCACCCUCCCGCAACGGCGAGAGCAGUGCCGAGAAGAGGCAGAUCGGGCACGCCCCCUACCCUGCCGACGAGAAGCGGUAG